AACAGCUUCUCAUUUUAUUCGGAAAGGAGACCUAUCUAAGGUCCUUUCUAAGGCUGCCGCCGAAGGCCCGCAACUCCUUUGCAGACACCGAAGAUGCUCCCCAGGACCGGCCAAUGGCCAUGAGCCCUCUAGGAAGUGGAAUCCAUCCGCCCGGACCCCAACCCGGCGCAGUUGCAUCCAAGUGCGCAGAUGCGACUCUACAAUGAGGCUCCAGCUCAAGCCUUUUGUCUCCCCGCACUCCGCGGGUCUGGCGGGCGGCCGUGUUCGCUCCUCCUGCCCUGUGCAGAGCGCAGCUAACAGGGACCUAGCCCUACAGACGGAGCCCGGCUCGCGGCACGUCCAAGGCCAUGACUACUGAGGAUACUUCUUUUCUCCAAAAACAGAGCACAGAAGAAAUGGAACCUACUGUUGAGCUCCUUCCUGUUGAGUUCCAGGAACUGAUGACAGUCAAAGAUGUGGAAAUGGACUUCACUCAGGUGGAGAUGGAACUAUUGAGUUCUUCCCAAAAUUACAUGGGCAUGGAUAUGAAGGUGGCGAACUGUGGGAGCCUGGUAUUUUGGGAUUCUGAAUCCAUACCUGAUACUAAGGAGUUCCUUUCAAAGCAGGAAGUUUAUGAAGAAGUAUCAUCUGAAAGGGAGCUGAUAAUAGAAAAACAUAAGAAGGAUAAUGGCUGGGGCUCUAAGUUGAUAGCAUCCUGGGAAUAUGAAGGCAUUUUAGAAAGGCAGCAAGAAAAUCAGAGGAAUGAUUCAAUGCAAGUUGUAAUUAAACACAAGAAAAACCCUGCAGAGCACUGCAAUGAAAUUGGAAAAAGUUCAAACCCAAUUAAACAUUCAAAAGUUUACUCAGGGAAAAAGCCAUGGGAGUGCAAUGCAUGUGGAAAGUCCUUCAGUUACUACUCAGCCUUUAUCUUACAUCAUAGAAUUCAUACUGGAGAGAAGCCCUAUAUGUGUAAUGAAUGUGGAAAGUCCUUUAGUCGGAGCUCAUCCCUCAUUCAGCAUCAGAGAAUUCACACUGGAGAGAAACCUUAUGAGUGUAGUGAAUGUGAGAAAGCUUUCAGUCACCGGUCAGCCCUUAUUCAGCAUCAUAUCAUUCACACUGGAGAAAAGCCCUAUGAGUGCAAUGAAUGCGGGAAAGCCUUCAACCAAAGCACAUACCUCAUUCAGCAUCACAGAAUACACACUGGAGAAAAACCCUAUAGAUGCAAAGAAUGUGGGAAAGCUUUCAAUGACACCUCAUCCCUUAUUAAACACCAGAGGGUUCAUACUGGAGAAAAACCCUAUGGAUGUAAAGAGUGUGAGAAGUCCUUUAGUGACCGGUCAGGACUUAAUCAGCAUCAGAGAACUCAUGCAAGGAAAAAGCCUUAUGAAUGCAGUGAAUGUGGGAAAGCGUUCAGUUACUGUUCAGCUCUUAUUCAACAUCAAGGAACCCAUACUGGGGAGAAACCUUACAAAUGCGAUGAAUGUAGGAAAGCCUUCAGUGACCGCUCGGCUCUCAUAAGACAUCAGAGAAUUCAUACUGGAGAGAGACCUUACAAAUGUAAAGAAUGUGAGAAAGCCUUCAGCCAGAGCUCAUCCCUUACAAAGCAUCUGAGAACACAUACUGGAGAAAAACCCUAUAAAUGCCCUGAUUGUGAGAAAGCCUUUAGCCAGAGUUCAUCUCUUACUCAACAUCAGAAAAUUCAUACAAGGGAGAAAUCCUACAAAUGUAAGAAAUGUGAGAAAACCUUCGGUGGCCGUUCAGCCUUUCAUCAACAUAAAGAAAUUCAUGAUAAAUAGAAUUCAGUAGAUUUGUAAAAGAAUUGUUCUCUCCUGAUUGAGCAGAUCUGUUCUAAGUAUUACAGUGCAUAUUACAAGAACAUAUGGAGCUAUGUCACACAAGAAACAACUCUCUUCCUUAAAAUGUCAGUAUGUAAGGAAGAGGGUAAGAGGUAAAUGUGGAUGUCUGUGGUGUUCUAAAAUAACUAUUAGAGAGUAGACUUCCAAAAGUAAGAUGAAUGUCAUUGUCUAGAAAGAAAAUUGGAUGGAUGGCAACAAGGCAAGGGGUUCUUGAGUUAGAAGAUUGUUGAUUUUGGUGAGGCAAGGGACAAAUGAAGUUGGGAAGAGAUGAAAACUUUUCAUUGAAAUUGUAGUGGGAGCAGAUGGAGAAGUCAAGGGAGAAUGCUUGUGAGUAGGGUUCUGUGAAUAUAUCUCAGUUACAAAAUUCAAAUAGCUGAGGCAAUGGAGAAGAGAAUUUCUAAGAAAGCACAGGAGAAAGUCUGGUUUAGUCAGAAAAACAAAAAAAGCAGGGAGCAAGGUAUCUAAAGUCAAUAGGAAAACUAAACAAAGUAAUAAAACGAACAUUAUUUGAGGCUGGAGGCUCUCUAAAUAGUUUCAAACUGAAGCCAAAAUGGAAAAGAUCAGGACCCCCAAAGAGGAAAAUUACCAGAUUUCUUUAGGGAAAUAAAAAGAGGAGAAAAAUUAAAGUCCAGAAAAUCCUCCUUUUCCUUGCCCCUCUUCUCCAUUUGCUUACUUGCAUGUAUUCAAACAUUGAAACCAAUGGUUCUUAACCUUGAAAUCACCUGAGAAGCCUUAAAAGAUACCCGAGUCACAUCCCCAGGUAUGCUGAUUACGUUGGAUUGAGGUAUGGUAUGAGUACCAGGAAGUUUAGGUAAUUAUAAUGCUCAGCCAAGAUUUUUUUUUUUUUUUAAUCAAUGACAUUUUAUUUUAUUUAUUUUGCUUUUUUUGUUGUUGUUGAGACAGGGUCCCACCCUAUGCCCCUGAGCAGAGUGCAGUGGGCGUGGUAGCUCACCACAACCUCAGACUCGGGCUGCAGGCACCCCGCUGCCUCAGCCUCCGGAAGCCGCUGGGAUUACAGGCGCUUGCCAGGGCACCUGGCUGGGUUUUUCCAUUUUUUUUCAUGAGUCAGGGUCUCACUGUCGCUCAGGCGAGUCACGAACUCCUGAGCUCAAGUGAUUCUCCCUCCUCAGCCUCCCACAGUGCUGGGAUUACAGGCGUGAGCUACCGCGCCCGGCUAUUUUGCAUUUUUUUUAAUUGUUGGGAAUUCAUUGAGGGUACAAUAAGCUAGAUUAUACUGAUUCCAUUUGUUAGGCAAAGUCCCUCUUGCAAUCAUGUCUUGCCCCCACAAGGUGUGGCACACACCAAGGCCCCACCCCCCUCCCUCCUUCCCUCUCUCUGCUCUUCCUUUCUCCACCCCUCCCUCCUCCUUUCUCUCUCUGCUCUCUCAGCCAAGAUUAAGAACCCCUGAUUAGAUUCUUUCUACACAAAGAUUAACUCAAUUGGAUGAGAGGAUUAUAAGCAGAUGAAAAGAUGAUAAAGCCCUGUGCAGUGGCUCAUGCCUGUAAUCCCAACACAGUGGGAGGUCAAGGUGGGCGGAUUGUCUGAGCUCAUGAGUUUGAGACCAGCCUGAGCUAGAUCUAGACCCUAUCUUUAAAAAUAGCUGGGAGUCCUGGCAGGUGCCUGAAGUCCCAGCUACUUGGGAGGCUGAGGCUUGAGCUAUGAUGCCACAGCACUGUACUGGGGGUGACAAAGCGAGACUGUGUCUCAAAAAAAAGAAAAAAAAAAAAAGACGAUAAAGAUCAGCGCAAACUCUUGAGAGCUCUUGGUGACCGUAUUUUUGUUUUUGUUUUUUCUUCCUAGUUAUAUGACAAUAUCUUUUUGACUUGAUUUCUAAUACCUUAGUUUGCGCUGACGUACCUUAUACGAACUUGUUGUCUAACUCUGAUUGGCCCUGUUAAAUGUGCCAAUUAAAUUUUCUCACCCACUUCUAUGAACCAGGGUCACAUACUAUGCUUGCUAAUAUGGCCUAAUGGUGGCAAGUAUUAACCAUGAGAGACAAGCUUAGAAGUGGAUCUACAAGUCAGAAAUCAGGAUUGAAAGAAAGUGAUUAGAAGGUACUUUCAGAUAGUUAAAUUUUUGACUCUAGCAGUAUAAUUUUAUCAUAGAAUUUUCCAAAUUAUAAUAAAAUGUAGUGGUGUACAUGAAUUAACACAGAACUUCAAGGGAUUUAGGUGGGGAAAAAUGGCAAAACAGUCAUUUUUGGUAAUUGUUUAAAAGAAUGAACAAAAUCUUACUAUUUACUCUUCUAUCUGCUAUGCUAGGCACUGGAGAAUGGAGUAAUUAAAAUUGGUUUCAUGGAAAGGUGUUCGGUUAUGUACCAAUAUCUGAGAAUGAGAGUCCACCUGGCCCAGAAUGCUUUCCUUCAGUAAAACUCCCUAUGUUUUCUCAUCAUUUCAUAACAAUUCCUGGGACCAGUCUUUCUACACAGUACAAAAGCCAGGAGUACAUGGAUCUUAUUAAUAAAUCAUGACUAUGCCAUAACCUACAUGUAUAUCAGCAUCAUGACACUGUCACAUUAGGUGAUGAAAGGGAUACAUGUUGAUGGAGAAAGAAGAGACCAGUACAGUGUAGAAGACCUACUAUAUGAUGUGCAUAUCAAGGGAGAAUUAUCAUCAUUGAGACAGUUCCUAUUGGGCAGAAAUCCCUAGGUAGAUGUAGAAGGUAACUUUAGAAUUUUGCCCCUCAAGCCCAUGGGGUCAUUUACUGUCCCAGAUUGAUUAAUCAUACUUGUCUUUAUUUUCCCCUUUAGGCCUUCAAGUAUUCAGCUUUAUAUAACCAUAGGGAGAGAUUUUCUUCCAAUUGGCUUUAGAAUAGAAUAAUAUCACCGUAAAUUCUGUACUCUUUUAUUUUUCUCCACUUUUUAAAAAACAGAUUAUCAGGCAAGAAACUCUACUCAUUUUAUUAACUGUUGCCCAGAAUAACCACCCAGGCCCUUUUCAAGUUUUAUGGUAGGUUACAAUUGGAAAACAGGAGAGGCCAGCACAGUGGCUCACACCUAUAAUCCCAGCACUCUGGGAGGCUGAGGCAGAUGGAUUGCCUGUGCUCACAGUUUCAAGUUGAGCCUAAGCAAGAAAGAGCAAGACCCCAUCUCUAAAAAAUAGCUGGGUGUUGUGGCAGGCACCUGUAGUCCCGGCUACAUGGGAGGUUGAGGCAAGAAAAUUGCUUGAGCCCAAAAAUUUGAGGUUGAUGUGUUGUGUGAAAGUCUCCCAAUUGACCGAUGGUGCAGAGGAAUGAGUCCUGCAAUGAAAUAGUCUGAGUAAUGCGGAGGACCGCUUAUGCUCUCAUGGCAAGUGGCAAUCUUUAUUUCUUCCACCAAAGCUUAGAUAGGCACAUAAUUUAAUCAAUAAACACAUGAUUUAAACCUUGGCCCCAGGCCUUUUACAGCCUGGUAUUUAUAGGCCUACAGAUAAACCAGAUUAACUGAUAACCAUUUUACUAACAUUAUCUAAAGCUAUCCUUAUGGGCUAAGGUUUAACCGGUUUAACUGAUAACUACUUCACUAAAGUUAUUCUUAACGCUAAGUAAUCAAAAACAAAAC